GUCCAUUUUUAUAGUUUUAAAAUUCAAACAAUAAUAUUUUAUUAUUAUAAAAGUAAAACAUGGUGGCUUAUAGAAUUCCUCCCCAAGUCAAAAGGCCAGCCCCGCGUCCGCGUGUAUAAAAACACGUACGUCCUCUGGCUCCUCCGCCACCAAUCGCCACCCUCUCUGCCACCACUACCGGCGGUUAUUUUAUUAUUCACUCACAGGUUACACAGCACCACACUUAUCAUAACAUAUAUACAUACAUACACAUCAAUCAAUCAAUAUAAGCGGUUAAAGAAGUAGAAUUAUCGAUCGGAAAAUGUCAUCGAAGAAGUUUAUAGUCCAGGUGGAGCCAGCGGUAACAGCGAAAGACGGACAUCCGUCAAAAGGACCGGUUUACCGCAGUGUGUAUGCGAAACACGGUUUUCCGGCUCCGGUUGACGGUUUGGAGUCCUGUUGGGAUAUUUUCCGCUUGUCAGUGGAGAAAUACCCGAAUAACCCAAUGCUCGGUACCCGUGAAUUUGUGAACGGAAAGCAUGGACCAUACAAAUGGUUGACUUACAAACAAGUAUAUGACAAGGUGAUACGCGUUGGAAAUGCUAUCCGUGCAUGCGGUGUCGAGCCUAAAGGACGUUGCGGGAUUUAUGGUGCCAAUUGUGCAGAAUGGGUUAUGAGCAUGGAGGCUUGUAAUGCUCAUGGGUUGUACUGUGUACCAUUAUACGAUACCUUAGGUGCUGAUGCAAUAGAAUUCGUUAUAUGUCAUGCUGAAGUUACAAUUGCUUUUGUUGAAGAGAAAAAGAUCUCCGAGUUGAUAAAAGUAAUUCCCAAAGCUAGAGAAUACCUGAAAACAAUCGUGAGCUUUGGGAAAGUUACUCGUGAACAAAGAGAAGAAGUUGAAAAGUUCGGUUUGAAAAUUCAUUCAUGGGUUGAUUUCUUGUCAUUGGGUGAUGGUAAAAACAUUGACAUGCCACUAAAGAAGAAAAGCGACAUCUGUACGAUAAUGUACACUAGUGGAACAACCGGUGAUCCAAAGGGUGUACUGAUUUCCAACAACAACAUGGUAACACUUAUAGCUGGUGUCGACCAUCUGCUAGAUAGCGCGAAAGUAUCGUUGAACUCGCAAGACGUCUAUCUCUCGUUUCUACCUCUGGCACAUAUAUUUGAUCGGCUGAUUGAGGAAUGUUUUAUCAGUCAUGGGGCAUCUAUAGGGUUUUGGCGUGGGGAUGUUAAAUUGCUGAUUGAAGAUAUAGGAGAGCUGAAACCUACUAUUUUCUGUGCUGUUCCUCGAGUCUUGGAUAGAAUUUAUUCAGGUUUGCAACAGAAGAUUUCCGCUGGUGGCUUUAUCAAACGCAAGUUAUUUAACCUGGCGUAUUCACACAAGUUACGUAACAUGAACGCAGGGAAAGAACAUUCAAAGGCAUCUCCACUAAGUGAUAAAAUCGUCUUUAGUAAGGUUAAACAAGGGCUUGGAGGGAGAGUCCGCAUUAUUUUGUCGGGUGCUGCUCCACUCGCGCCACAUGUAGAAGCUUACCUGAAAGUAGUCACCUGUUCUCAUGUCCUUCAAGGAUAUGGCUUGACAGAAACCUGUGCUGGAUCAUUUGUCUCAUUGCCAAAUGAAAUGGAUAUGUUGGGUACAGUGGGCCCUCCGGUACCAAACUUGGAUGCUCGUUUGGUGUCUGUUCCCGAGAUGAAUUACGAUGCCCUUUCAAGUAAACCACAGGGAGAAGUAUGUAUAAGAGGGGAUGUUCUGUUUUCAGGGUACCACAAGCGUGAGGAUCUUACAAAAGAAGUUCUAGUUGAUGGCUGGUUUCAUACAGGUGACAUAGGCGAGUGGCAACCAGAUGGAAGCAUGAAAAUUAUAGACCGCAAGAAAAACAUUUUCAAGCUCUCUCAAGGAGAAUAUGUGGCCGUUGAAAAUCUAGAGAAUAUUUAUGGACUUGUUCCCGACAUUGAUGCGGUAUGGAUAUACGGGAACAGCUUCGAGUCUUGUCUUGUUGCUGUCGUGAACCCAAAUCAACAAGCGAUAGAACAUUAUGCAAAAACACAUAAUAUUUCCGGGGACUUUAAUUCCCUAUGUGAAAACCCCAAGAUUAAAGAAUACAUAAUGGGAGAGCUUACCAGAAUUGGAAAAGAGAAAAAGUUAAAAGGUUUUGAAUUCAUGAAAGCUAUUCACCUUGACCCGGUCCCUUUCGACAUGGAGCGUGACCUUCUAACCCCAACAUUCAAGAAGAAAAGGCCUCAGAUGCUCAAAUAUUACCAGAAUGUAAUUGAUAACAUGUACAAGACUAUUAACAAAAAGUGAAUCGCCAUACAAAAUAUGACAUCUUCUUCUCCCCUUGGCUAAUGGUUUACUCUCACCUUUGGUGUCUCUGGAUUUCUUUUGAACGCUAUAUUUUAUCGAUAUUCGAAUGUAUAGUUGUGUUAAAUGUACUUUUAGUGUCAAAUAAAUCAUGUUUUAAUUAUUUUUUUUUGUAACUAUAUAAGAAGUGAAUUUAUGUACUCUAGAAAUUAUUUUUGCAAAUUUAAUUAGCAGUUGAAAUGUGUAUUGAAUAGAACAGGAGUUUUAUGAGAUUUUUUGGUUGGUUA